UAGCCGUAUAACAUUGUACCGUGUACAGCGCCCGUUACCGAGUCUUGCUAGCAGUACUCGAGUAGCAGUUAUCGCCAACAGGUGUUUUUCUAAUUUUCAUCGUCGCCGGACGUCUCGCUCUCGAGUCCGAUCAUCAGUCGCACCGCAAAUCGUGUCCACCGCGACGUAACCCCGACCCGGGAGGUCCUGAGAAUUAUCGCGAGGCUGCGAACCCAUAGCCCAGCCCACAUCGACUCGCGUCCGCGCAGCACGAGAGCCAUGUCGUCCCACGACGUCAACGAACUGGAGCCGCAGCAGGUGGCCGAGCCCACCGUCCGGCUGUGCGUGUUGCGAACUUGGCCCGAGCACUUUGACGGGUACGGGUUCAACUUGCACGCCGAAAAGUCGAAAACGUCCGCGUCGUCGCCCAACGGCGGUCUGCCGUUCUCCGGCGGACAGUUCGUCGGCAAGGUGGACCGAGGCAGCCCGGCCGAGAGCGCCGGUCUCCGGGAGGGCGACAGGAUCGUCCAGGUGGACGGGGUGGACAUCGACGGCGAGACCCACUCCAAGGUGGUCGCCCGCAUCAAGAAGGGUUCGGCGACCACCGACAGCGGCGUAGAAGACUCGGUCAGCCGCUGUUCGCUGCUGGUGGUAGACCGCCGGGCCGACACGUUUUACAGGGAGAAGGGCAUCAGGGUGCACGCCGACAUGGGACUGCAGGUACUGGUGUUGCGCACGCCCGAGGAGCCGACGCCCGAAUGUCUAGCGCUGCAGCCGCAGAACGCGCCAAGCCCGAAGAGCACAGCGGCGACGGCGGCCGCCAACGAUGUAGGUGCAAAACAACAGCCAAAUCAAAGCGACGACACUGCAAAGCCCGCAAACUCUACGACUUCAUCCACCACCACUACGACGUUAAAUCUGAACAUGACGGCUGCCGAGUUGCGCCGACGAUUGGCCGAACGCAAGAAGCAAGAUUCGCGACGCUCCGGGGCCGCUGACGGGUCAUUAGAUUUCCGUAAAAAGUACGAGAUUGUCGACAAGUUGUGAAAUAUUGUGCUGAAUUUUUACACUCACACACACACACACACAUACACA